GGCUUGGGGGCGGGGCCUCGCGGCGCGCACGGCCCGUCGCCAUGACGACCGCGACAAGAUGGCGACGCUGCAGGGCUGCCUUCUGGAGUCCGACCCCGGGGCGCUGAGCCCCGCGCAGGUGCAGCAGCUGCGCGACUUCAAGAUUCAGACUCGGAUUGCUAACGAAAAGUACCUACGGACCCACAAAGAAGUGGAGUUGCUCCUAAGUGGUUUCUUCAGAGAAAUGUUUUUGAAAAGACCAGACAACAUCCAAGAAUUUGCUGCAGACUAUUUCACAGAUCCAAGACUUCCCAACAAGAUUCACAUGCAGCUAAUUAAGGAGAAGAAAGCAGCUUAAUUAGCAAAAUCACGAUGCUCAGCUGUUGAGAGAGACCAGAAAGAAUCCAGCCUCAGGGCUAAGAACAUGAGGAGCUUCUUGAAAAUGUUGCGCAGAUUGGACCUGAUAGCCAGAGGUAAUGGGGACAAACAGGCAGGCCUACCUUUGCCACCGUGUGACCUAGAGUGACCUCUCUGUGUCAGGCUCCUCAUCCUCACAACUGGAGCAGCAGCUCUCACAGGCUUGCUGUAAGGAUUACCUCCGUCUUGCUGUUCAAGGGGUGGGAAGGAAGGGCUGCGCCUAGAAAGCAAGGCCCUCUCCGUCUAGCAGGACGGGGCUCUACUGCCCUCUCCUGGGCGUGGCUGGAGACACCACUCGGAGAACGCCUGUUCUAGGCCUGACUGCAGAAUCAGCAGAAGGAAGAGAAACAAGGCUAAGUGGGAAAAUAUCCACAAAUUCACAGAUUCCUGGAAUAGAAAGUUCACUCAGAAGUUACAAAAUCCAGGGCCUUAUCUCCUUCAGUGCUGCUUCAUGAGCUCCUGGGAUGUUUCCUUCUUAAAAGUGUUGGAAGAAAGAAAGCUUGCAAGGUUGAUUAUUCAUUCAUUUAUUUAUUCACUUACUUAUUCACUCAUUGACUCAAGAAAUAUUAGGGUAUAUUACAUACUCAGGGCGCAAAGUUUUGGAAAUAACACAUACUCUUUCCUCAAGGAACUCAGUCUAGUGAGUAAAGACACAUACAUAGGAUUAUAACACAGUUUCAAAAGUGAAAUGAUAAGAGAAACACACAAGCCAUCAUGGGCGCACAGAGGAGGGGCACGUAACUGGUACUGUGGUAGUGGGGUGAGGGAACGAUGAGGAGAUGGCCAGAAAAUAUUUCCCAAUAUGGGAGCUGAACGCUAACACAUGGAUCGGAAUUAAAGGCACCAGAUUACUCUC